AUGAGGCGGACUCUUGGUAUGCCAGAUUGGAGUAGUGUUACUUUGAAGCCAUUUGUCUCAAACUUGGUUGCACGCCUCUCAGCGCGACUUUUUGUUGGGCCCGAAUUAUGCUGCAACAAAGAAUGGCUUGAACUCUCUACUGGCUACGCUAUUGACUGUUUUCUCGCUGCUUAUGCACUUCGUCGUUGGACACCCUUCCUACGAUGGCCCGCCAGUUGGCUCUUACCAGAAUGUCGUGCCCUGCGGAAACGAGUAGACGACGCUCGUCGGAUAUUAGAACCACUGUUAUCAUCACGUUAUGGUGGAAGUAAGCCAAGUCAACCCAACAGCGAAUUCAAGGGACGCACGGAAGAUACCAUUGAUUGGUUAAAAGAUGCAUUUGAAAAGGCCGGGGCCUCAGCUAAAUACAACGUGGCUGAUGCACAACUUGGUCUCAGCAUCGUGGCCAUACAUACCACAACAGAGCUGCUCACUGGUGCGCUCUUCGACAUUAUCGCAAGCGGGCCUCAAUUAGUGAAUGAGCUGCGACAGGAAAUCGUCACUGUUUUUGAGGCAGACAGUAUUUAUCAGUCUUGUCACCGCCGUGAAAAAUCUAUUUUCAACAAAACAAGCUUAUACGAGUUGAAAUUGCUCGACAGUACACUUAAGGAGUCCCAAAGAGUGCAUACCAGGGGAGUGGGCGCUAUGGGUCGCGUUGCUGAAGAGGACGUUCGUUUGCCUGACGGACUAGUCAUACCCAAAGGUGCGUCCUCGAUUGUUACCCUGGCAGCCUACAAUAACGAGAAUCUUUAUCCCGAGCCACAUAAAUUCAAUCCUCGUCGAUUCUUGCAACUGCGUUCGCAGCCAGGUCAGGAGAAAAACUGGCAGCUAGUGACCACAAGCCCCGACCACUUGGGUUUUGGGUACGGCGAUCACGCAUGUCCUGGACGGUUCCUCGCCGCCAACGAGGUUAAGAUUGCGCUGGUCUACUUGAUCAUGGAAUAUGACUGGAAGCUCUCGGGACAGAGGCCAGAAGACACAAUGGUGACCGGUUCUGUGCAUCAAGCCGACGCCAAAGCUCAAGUUAUGUUUAAGAAGAGGGCUUCGGAAGUAUGCCUCCAGUAA